AUGGUCGCUGGCGACGGCAAGCUGCCGGCGCUACAGCAGCAGCUGCAUUCCAAGAAGGUUUGCGUUGUGGGGGGCGGCAUGGCCGGUCUGGCGGCCGCGCGGGAGCUGCGGCGAGAGGGGCACGCCGUGACGGUGAUGGAGCAGAGCGGCGACGUCGGCGGGCAGUGGCUGUACGACCCGAGGACCGACGGCGACGACCCGCUCGGCGCCGCGGUGCCGGUGCGCGUGCCCGGUAGCAUCUACGCCUGCCUCCGUCUCAUCAGCCCGCGGGAGGCUAUGGGCUUCUCCGACUUCCAGUUCGUGCCCAGGGACGGGGACGACCGCGACCCGCGACGCUUCCCCGGCCACCACGAGGUGCACUGCUACCUCCGCGACUUCUGCGACGCGUUCGGGCUCAUGGACGCCGUCAGGCUCAACACCCGUGUUCUGCGCGUCGCAGCCGCGGCGGCGCCGACUUCGACGACGCGCCAGUGGGCGGUGAGGUCGGCGAGCCUCGGUGGCGGCACCGACACGGACGACGGCGCGCAAGAUGAGGUGUUCGACGCCGUGGUGGUGGCCACCGGCCACUACUCGCAGCCGAUGCUCCCGCGCAUCCAAGGCAUGGAGGAGUGGGGGCGUAGGCAGCUGCACAGCCACUCGUACCGGACGCCGGAGCCGUUCCAGGGAGAGACGGUGGUGGUGGUCGGGUGCGGUGACAGCGGCAAGGACAUUGCGCUGGACCUCUGCCAAGUCGCCAGGGAGGUGCACCUCACCGCCAACUCCUCCUCCGCGGAGGAAGCCGCCACGCCUGCCAUGUCCAGGAUGCUGGCGAGCCACGGCGACGUGUUGCGCCUCCACCCUCGGACACGCCGGCUGCACGCCGACGGCCGUGUCGAGUUCACGGACGGCUCCUCAGUACUCGCCGAUACGGUCAUCUACUGCACGGGGUACGGCUACUCGUUCCCGUUUCUGGACACGGGCGGCGCGGUGGCGGUCGAGGACGAUGUGGUCGGCCCGCUGUUCGAGCACGUGUUCCCGCCGUCCCUGGCGCCGUCGCUCUCCUUCGUGGGCGUGCCGCGGAAGAUCCUGGUGCCGUGGUUCUUCGAGACGCAGGCGAGGUGGGUCGCGCAGGUGCUGUCCGGCCGCCGCGCGCUGCCGCCCGAGGAGGAGAUGCUGCGGUCCGUGGAAGAGCACUACCGUGCCAGGGAGGCCGCCGGCGUGCCGAGGAAACUCACGCACAACAUCGGCGGCGUCGAACCUCUGAAAAUGUACGAGCUCGGGGAGAAGUACUGCGACAUGGCACCGCUGCAGGAGUGGAAGAAGGAGCUGGUCCUAUCCAGCAUCUUGAGCAUGAAGGACGACGCGGAGACCUUCCGCGACCGCGCCGACGACAGCGAGAACGUGCACAAGGGCCUGCGGGCAUGGCGCGGCUUGGCUGCUCGACCUCAAGACAACAAAACUAUUGCUGAUGUUGAAGUCGAAGCUGAUGCGCCAGGUGUUCCUGACGGGUGA